AUGCGUCAACAAAAUGACAUUGAGUUCAUUCAUCUUUUGAAUAGCUUGCGGGUUGGAGAAUUAACGACGGCUCAGCUGGAGUUGCUUUGUGAGCGGCGACACAUUCCUAUAUCAGGUGACUUCGCUGAUGGAGUUGCUGUCCGUAUAUUCCCCACUCUUAGACAAGUUGACACAUAUAAUGAAAAAAUGACAACUGAAAAUGCCAAGGUACACCGUACGUACAGAAUAAAUGCUGUAGACGAGUCUCGUGAGGCGGCAACGUAUGGCAGAAAGCCACCAGACAAUGUUAUUCCUAAAGACAUCAAUAACUGCGGUGGUUUUCUACCAACUAUUAAUUUGGGUGUCGAAUCGCGAGUUAUGUUAAGGCGUAAUAUUUCCGUAUCCGAUGGGCUUGUGAAUGGAGCUAUGGGUAUUGUUAAAAAAAUUAUAUGGCCGGCUCUCCGAAGAGAUCAAAUGGAGGAAGGCGAGUUACCUGAAGCUGUACUUAUAAAAUUUGAUGACGCGACUAUUGGAUUAAGAAUGAAAGAUGAUGACGGUUGCGUAGCCGUUUCACCUGUUUGCACAAAAUUUCAAGCACAAAAAGGAUAUGGAGAUGUCGAGCGCAGAAUGUUACCCCUCAUCUUAAGCUGGGCAGUAACUGUCCAUAAAUUACAAGGUACCACCCUUGAUAAAGCAGUGAUCGAUUUAGGAAAAAAGAAUUUUGCAAAAGGACAAAUUUAUGUGGCCCUCAGUCGGGUAAAAACUUUAGAAGGCAUAGUCUUGUCUGAUUUGGAUGCAAAUAAAUUAUUAAGUCGACCCCAUGACGAAAAAGCUUUGACCGAAAUGACGAGGCUGCGUAAUCUCUCCAAAUACUAG